CUCCCCCUCCUCCUCCUCCCGGCCGCCCUCCUCCUCCCCUCGCUGAUGCGGUGGUGGGUGCCUCCGCGCACGAGGCAUCGGCGGUGGAGCUACCGCUGAAGUACGCGGCCUUGGGGCAAGUACGCGGCGGAGAUCCGGGACUCGACGCGGAACGGCAAAUGUUCUUCUCCGUCGCGCUACAAUCGAACUCACAUCACGUAUAGGGAGCGGUCGGCCGGCUGUUGUUGCCAUCGAUCGAGAUGUGAAUCCACGGCUGCCGGAAGAGAAGUUGCUUCUUAGCAUUACUUUUUUGUUGAGGUUGUACUACCAGUGAAGUGACAAGUGACGAUGUACAUUUGGCCUACUUUUAAUUCAUUCUGCCCUAUGAGAUACGAGGGUUGCAGACAUUUACCUUCCUUGACAAGAAUCGGCAAAAUUUUAAUUAGAAGUUAAAAGUUUGAAUUUUGAUUCAUUUUCUGCUUAGCAACUACAGAAACUGGAAUUUUCUGAACCCUUGCGGUGAAAAGAUCAGAGAGGUUUGUUAUGCGAUUGAUUGGCACUUGGUUUUAUUUAAAACUUAGAAUCAUAUUGGUGGUUAGGGAUGGCUGGCAUGGAUAAAAACUGAACCGAGUAGUAAUCUGUUUUCCUGAAUAGUGGCUAACUUACCGGCGACGACUCCUGGCAACUUUAUUUGUGAUCUUCUUGUCAGAUUUUGUUCCCUACAAUGUUUUGUUGUGCUCUUCUCAUCCUUAGAUAUUGUGGCAUGAGUGUACUGUAUGAUUUUCUUGACCUCUGGUUAUAAAGCGAAGAUCUAUACUGGCUUUUGCACGAUAAAUUAAUGCUGCUGACAUAUGCAUACAUUAUUUUAUUUCACAAGAGCUAGAUGUUGGGAACGCUUGUACCCAAAAGUAUGCUUCUUAGCCACUGCUUAUAAUUCUGUGAUUCUUUAGGUUAAUUUAAUGCUUUUGACAGGAGUUUGAUUUUGUUAACUUUUAUUUGCAUCUCAUUCCAAAGUUCUACAGAUGGUCCUUGAAUUGCGUAUUAACAUUGACAUACACUUCUUUUUCCAAAUGGUCACAAACUCACAAUUUAGAACUAACCAUUUGUUUAUAACAUUAGUACAACUGAUAUUGUUAUCUGAAUUUAUACCUUCGCGUUGGGCCUGGAUAAGGCUAACAUCACUGUACUUUGCAUGUUCUGUUACAUGCCUUUGUUUCAUUUUCCUUUCUCUUGAGAACUAUGGUGAGGAAACUGGAAGCUGUAUUUGCAGUUUUGAUUGCAACGAUGGCAGUGUCCUUUGCAUGGGUGUUCACUGAUACCAAGCCUAAUGGGAAGGACCUGUUAAUUGGUAUUUUGGUUCCAAAAUUGAGCUCUAAGACAAUAAGACAAGCAGUUGGGGUUGUUGGUUGUGUUAUUAUGCCCCACAACGUUUUCCUCCAUUCAGCGCUUGUACAAUCGAGAAAAAUAGACCCAAAAAAGGAGUAGCAAGUCCGUGAAGCAUUGAGAUACUACUCAAUAGAGUCAACGGUUGCGUUGGCUAUAUCCUUCAUGAUAAAUCUCUUUGUCACAACUGUUUUCGCUAAAGGAUUCUAUGGCAGUAAAGAAGCUGGCAGUAUCGGCCUCGAAAACGCUGGGCAAUAUCUAUAAGAGAAGUUUGGUGGGGGCUUUUUACCUAUCCUCUACAUUUGGGGGAUUGGGCUAUUAGCGGCCGGGCAGAGUAGCACAAUAACAGGAACUUAUGCUGGACAGUUUAUAAUGGGUGGGUUCCUAAAUUUGAGGUUAAAGAAGUGGAUGAGGGCGCUGAUCACGAGAAGCUCUAAACGAGUGGCUCAAUGUGCUCCAAUCAAUUCAGAUUCCUUUUGCACUGAUUCCUCUGAUAACCUUGGUAUCCAAGGAACAAGUCAUGGGAGUAUUUAGAAUAGGUCGGAAAAUGCAAGUCUGUUUCUAGGUUGAAAAUGCUGGCACAUUUGCUUGCAAAUAAUUGCAGUACUGUAGCCAGUGUUCCCUUAUGGAAAUUGUUGCCAUCGAUCGAGAUGUGAAUCCACUGCUGCCGGAAGAGAAGUUGCUUCUUAGCAUUUUCCAUGGUGUGUUUAUUUACAAGGUAAUGAGCAGUGUUGGAAAUCUGGCACUAAUUUGGGCGACGGUCGUGCUUCUUGGUGGAUUCGUCACACUGAUUAAACCGCUUGACUUCUGGAUUGUUACCACCAUUGUCUUCAUCCAAGCAAUAAAGCUGUAUCGAAAGCUGCAGAAGCAAAGCCAUCUUCGAAACCUCCCAGAGCUCUGCCAAGAGUUGCUACAAUGAGAGCACCGACUAACACAGCUGUCACCUCUGGGAUUUCAGACAAAAGAAGCAACACUGGAGGUGUAGUCAACAGGCAGACAAUUGCUAAGUCUGCUAACAGUUCAGCCAACGUGCCAUCUCGGCCUGGUGGAGGGACAAAGAACAACUCAACAUCAAAAUCUGGUGCUUUGUCGUCGGCAGCAAGUUCUUCCUUGCAUAGUGCUCCCAUGGCAGGUGGGAAAACAAAGUCCCCAAUCUUAAUUAGCAAGAACAGGGCCACUCAGAGGAUCCCUAUCCGUGCAUCAUCAAAGAAAUAAGAUUCAUGGCGAGGGUGCAUCACCAAUCGUUUCACCUAGCAGCUCUGUGGACAGCAUGUGCUCUGUGAUUUCUGGGGUUUCAACAGCAUCCACUGUAGGGAGAGCGAGUCAUACAUCUGAGACCUUUAGUACAAGGUCAUCUUCAUUGUCCCCUUCCACCAGAAAGAGCAAUGACCACCCUCCAACCACACUACCGAGGCCUCAAAUUGUUGCAGAAGGACAGGCUUCAAGAACAUUUUUUGAUAAUGUGAAAUCCGAUGUCAACACAUCCACCCAAGGAAAUGGUUUUAAGCCAUCUAGUUUACGAAAGCCUACACCAAAGAUUGGAUAUUUUGAUGCCGAGAAAUCUGUUGAACAAAAAGCCGGUGCACGGGCACAACUGCAACCCACGAAGGUUCUGUUUUCACCGCUGGCCACACAGAGCUCUUGGAUUCCAUCUACUCCGAAGACAAUCCCUGCAUCUCUUACAUUUGAGCAAGAAGAACCAAAAUCUAGGGCAGCAGCACCUUCUCAAACCAAAGCGUCGCCUUCACUGCCUCUCAAAGUCGCACAAAGUGAAUUAAAACCAUCAAAGGUUACAGAGCCUGAAGCUUCUAAAUCUAAAGCAUCAACUCCACUGCGUCUCACAGUUGCACGAAUUGAAGUAAAACAAUCAAAGUUGACCGAGCCUGAAGCUUCUCAAGCCAAGGCAUCAACUCCACUGCCUAUCAAACUUGACCGAACUGAAGUAAAACCAUCAAAGGUGACAGAGCAUGAUGCUUCUCAAACUAAGACAUUGUCUUCACUGCCCGUCAGACUUUCACAAGCUGAAGUAGACCCAUCAAAGGUGGCAGAGCAUGAAGCUUCUCAAACUGAGGCAUUGCAUUUACUGUCUCCCAGAGUUGCGCAGACUGAAGUAGAACCAGCAAAGGUGGCGGAGCAUGACGUUUCUGGAACAAAGGCAUCACAUUCAGCGCCUUUAAUUAGAGAUGUGCAAACUGAAAUAGAAACACCAAAGGUGUCAGAGCAUGAAAAACACAUGCAGGAUACUGGUCCAUUGGUGGUCGCCAUGGACAUUGCAGAGGAGGGCAUUGAAGCUUUGCAUGAGAAUGUCCAGUCCACUGGUGAAGUAGAAUCACCAAAUGUGUCUGAGCUGGAAGCACGCGUGAAUGAGAUUGGUUUGUUGCUCGCCAUGGACGUUGCAGAGGAGGGCUUUCCAGCUUUGCAUGAGAAUGUCCAGGUUAAUGGACAUUCAGUAGAAUCAUCAAAGGUGUCGGAUCAUGAAGCACACGUGCAGGAGACUGGCUUGUUGGUUGCUAUGGACAUUGCAGAGGAGGAGGGCAUUCCAGCUUUGCAUGAAAAUGCCCAGGCUAAUGGCGAAGUAGAAUCAUUAACAGUUGAGCUGUCAUCAUGUACCUCUGGUCAGCAAGAAUCAUAAACUACAUCAGCACCUUGUGAGGACAGCAGUCCUUCACAAAUCUAGAGAAAUGUUCUAAUUUUCAUAAACAUUUAAGAUUAUUAAAGAAGUGUUCCAGUUUUGAUUUAAA